UGCACUGUGACCUGCACAAAGCACAAAGCCAGCACUAUUUGACAUUGGCUUACUUCUGUUUUCACACACAAAAAUAACACACAAACCAGAGCAGCAUGUAGGGGAGCAGGGCAAACACAGCUUCACUCAGGCCGGAACCUAAUUGUUAGCUCCUGGUGUGGCUAGUCCAGGGAUUAGCUACUGGCCGAGGAGUACUAUUCACUUCCCCUUUCAUUCCCUCUGCCCACUAGGCCUUAUCACCAUCAAUCUGACACCCUGUUUAUCUGACGCUGCAGCCAAAUCUGCUGUCCUAGGAGAAAUGUUCACAAAGACCGUGGAUCAUCAGCACUUUGAUUGUGGUGGUCCAAAUGGGCAUUACUCUCUCUGGCCCCAGUUAUCCCAGCACCCCUCUGUCUCCAUGAUCUCCAUGCAGUGUUUAGUCCCAGUCCUAGUACCUGGAAAGCCAACCUAAAGGCCUGCCACUUUGUGUCUGUCAUUUGUGCGCUUCUUCAUUCUGAAACAAAGGUGUUUCCUUAGCCAGAUUUUGUUUGCUGUGUUUGUGUUCCAGUGGAUGGGUUUUCCAUGUGGAUUGCAACAAACGGUUUCUCUCUUCAUUUUGUGCACUGUUGCCUUAUUACAUCAAUCGCCUGGGACUUAUCAGCAAGUGAACAUUCUGGAGUUUACCACCACCAUCUGAUCCCUGCAUCAAUUUAGCUUCAUUGUGUUAAAGAAGCAGAAAGGAAAAGAAACAGAUUUCGCCAUCAUGGCUUCUUUUAAGCUGGAUUUUCUCCCUGAGAUGAUGGUGGACCAUUGCUCUUUGACUUCUAGUCCUGUUGGGAAGAAGAUGAAUGGGUCUCUGGACCACCCCGACCAGCCAGAUGUUGAUGCCAUUAAGAUGUUUGUGGGCCAGAUUCCACGGUCCUGGUCAGAGGAGCAGCUCCGUGAGCUGUUUGAGCCCUACGGAGCAGUCUAUGAGAUUAAUGUCCUCAGAGACCGCAGCCAAAAUCCACCACAGAGCAAAGGCUGCUGUUUUAUAACGUACUAUACACGCAAAUCAGCCUUAGAAGCACAGAAUGCUCUGCACAACAUGAAGAUUCUGCCAGGGAUGCACCAUCCAAUCCAGAUGAAGCCAGCUGACAGUGAGAAAAACAAUGUGGAGGACAGGAAGCUGUUUAUUGGAAUGAUCUCUAAGAAGUGUAACGAGAAUGACAUCCGACUGAUGUUCUCACCAUAUGGACAGAUAGAGGAGUGCCGGAUACUUCGAGGCCCUGAUGGACUCAGCCGUGGUUGUGCAUUUGUGACAUUCACAGCUAGACAAAUGGCUCAGUCAGCUAUCAAGUCCAUGCACCAGUCCCAGACAAUGGAGGGCUGUUCAUCACCCAUCGUAGUAAAGUUUGCAGACACUCAGAAGGACAAGGAGCAGAAGCGUAUGGCCCAACAGCUGCAGCAGCAGAUGCAACAACUUAGUGCUGCUUCCAUGUGGGGAAAUCUCACUGGGCUCAACAGUCUUGGGCCGCAGUACCUCGCACUCUAUUUACAGUUGCUGCAGCAGUCAGCCUCCACAGGGAAUGCACUCAACAACCUGCACCCUGUUUCAGGUCUUAACGCCAUGCAGAACCUGGCGGCUUUAGCAGCAGCAGCAAGUGCCACACAGGCCACACCUACAGGCUCCAGCGCCAUGACGACGUCUAGCAGCCCUCUUAGUGCACUAACAAGCUCAGUAAAUGUCCCUCAAGCAGGCUCCUCCCCCACAUCCAGCAGCAGCUCAUCAGUGAACCACAUGGCUUCUUUGGGGGCCCUGCAGUCUCUGGCUGCUAGUGCUGGAGCUGGCCUCAACAUGGGCUCCCUGGCAGGAAUGGCAGCGCUAAAUGGCAGCCUUGGCUCUGGAGCUCUGUCUAAUGGCUCAGGAAAUACAAUGGAGGCACUGAGCCAAGCCUACUCAGGCAUCCAGCAGUAUGCUGCUGCUGCCCUCCCCAGCCUCUACAAUCAGAGCCUGCUGUCCCAGCAGAAUGUCUCAGCUGCAGGCAGCCAAAAAGAAGCCAGCAGCAGAUGCGGCACCGGUCCAGAAGGUGCAAACCUGUUCAUUUACCACCUGCCUCAGGAGUUUGGAGAUCAGGACCUCCUCCAGAUGUUUAUGCCCUUUGGAAAUGUCAUCUCUGCAAAAGUUUUCAUUGACAAACAGACAAACCUCAGCAAGUGCUUUGGCUUUGUGAGCUAUGACAACCCAGUGUCAUCACAGGCAGCCAUCCAGUCAAUGAAUGGUUUCCAGAUUGGUAUGAAAAGGCUGAAGGUGCAGCUGAAGCGCUCAAAGAAUGACAGCAAGCCCUACUGAAGGUGCUCAGGCACUGCACUCUUAGUUAGGCAGGGUGGUGUUAUGGUAAGUGGAGUAUGAAUAACCAACUAGGACUGGUCCACUCAGAAACGUAUCUGUGCAUUACAGGGCUACUACACUGCACUCCUGGUCAUUCAACAAGUCCAGACAAACACAUGGAGCUACAUGCAAAAGUUUUCAGGAUAGACUGGAUUCUCCCUGUGUUCUUUUGUGGUUUACGUACUUUGUUUUCCUUUUAACAAAUAAGAGAAGCAGGGGUGUUUUAUUUUAAGUUAAAAUAUUGUCAGUUUGCUGUGAUCGAUUAUAUACAUUUGAGUUGAUUGUUAAGAGAUGUUGCACAUUGACCGUCAGGUGCCAAAUCCAUCUGUUACUUUCUGUUCACUUUCCUCUCCACCGCCCAAACUCAGCAGAAAGCUUUUAAAAACAGAAGUCAUUGCUACUUUCUCUACAUUUUCACAAACCAAAUGUGUGCUUUUACCUUGUUUUGAACUGGGUCUCUGUAUUAACUGCAUAAUAAUUAUAAGGUUGAAGGAAAGGGGGUGGGGGGGGUUACUGUUAUGAGGGACUAGCAAGUGACUUUUGUGUCAGUUCGGAAACCUGUGCAUGCUGUGGACAUCUUGUUUUUGUUCUCUGCUGUUUCAACUCUGAGCUAAAGUCACUGAGGUUUAUCCUCACAGCCUCCCGUUACCUCGGUGAUAGAGAAAGAGGAGCUGUUGUUUCUGUUAUCUGUUCUCCUUUGAAUUCUGUGGUUUGCCAGGACUGUCACCUGUUUCUGACUUACAUCUUAAGAUGUCUCGUAAAUGUUUGAUUGUGUUUGACUUGAACCAGCUGUUGCAUGGCUUACAUAAUUGAAGUGGCCUCGGGUGGGUGGAAACACGUUUGCAUUUGGUUUGUGUAGUAAACAAUCAUUGGCUAGAAUUGUUUUCUGUAAGAUGUGGAUACUAUACUUCUGUCAAAUAAUGAACUCAUUGCAUUUUGUUGUGCUACUCUUUAUUUGGAGAUGAGUUUUUAAAUGCACUUGGAUUUGCAUGUAAAUAUAUAUGUUUCACGGGUCAGAAGUCAGGCUGUUGUGGGCUGUGAAGCCGAACUGUCGGCUGUAGCUAGCAAUAUGGUGAACUUGGGCAAUAAAACCAAACUUUGUAUUCUUUUUCCACUCGCCCGAGAAUCUGUCUAAUGCAGAUGUAAUGCUUUUUAUAAAUUCGUUCUAUGGUUUUAGUUGGUUUCUACUCUAAAUCCAGGUGUUUUGUAAAAAUUCAUCAACAGCCUUCAGCUACUUUCCUGCUAGUGAGCAGAUAAUCUAUGGAGGGCUACAACACUAUGUCUCACGCUGAAUAUCUUUCGUUAUUGGAGAGGUCAUAUAAAUUGCUCAAGACCAACCUGGUAGCGGUUUAGACUUCCAGGAAAUCCUGUUUUUUUAUGCAGAGCUAGGAAGCUAGAGAAAUGUUGGGAUAUAUAUUUAAACUGUAAUGCCUUUUCUAUUUUUAUAUAGGUUUUAUACUUCCCCUGUGUGUUGGGGAGCUAUUUAUUGCCUAAAUUAUUUUUCUCAAUUGAAAUUACUUUGAAAGACAAAUGUGAAGUCUUCACCUCCAUUUGAUCUCCUGGUGUGUGUUUUUUUCUUGCCUGUUAAGUGUUGUUCCUUUGUGUUGAUGUGUUCUACAUGUCAGUGUGGCAUGACCUGUGUCUACAGGAUGCGUUGGUGCCACUAUGGACUCUAAUUCAUACAUACCUUCAUCUUAAUAAUUCUCUCGUUUUCCAGCUAGCUUAUUCUAAAAGUCAAUUUCAACAUGAGCGUUCAUUUUGUUUUUCUGUAUGAAUAAAUAGAAAAAAAUAUAUACACCAUAUGAAGUACUGGCCACAUUUCUAGUGCUAGAACUAGUUUUAAAAUCAAUUCCAGGUCCAAGUCUAAAGAUUGAGUCAGUCAUAGCACAACUGAGUGAGUACAUCCAGACUGCUCAGAUCAUCUGUCAUUGUUUUAGGGUCAUUAAUAUCAAAGCAGCAACAUGUUUUGUGUAAUAUAGUCCCGUUUACCUAAUAUUACAAAAACAACCCUCACAACAUCUUUUCAGGGUCAUAGCUGAUCUGGCUGUAUUGUCAUUUAAGUUUGGCUUAAACAAAAGCAACCUGCAUGUACAGUGAAAAUGAAAUGAGGUCCAACUGUUGAAUAUUUUGAUAGCCGUAAGGUUAUGGUCACUGAAAAGCUACUGCAGGAUUUGAAUUUAUUGAAAACCAGGCAUGAACUCUGAUGAUCGCCGCUACUGAGGCCAGUUCAUGCUUUCUGCGUCCACACUGCUGCUGGAAUCAACAGAAUGAAGACAGAGAUAGGUGUAUUCUGUGCUCAUUUAGCCAAAUGUAUCAAAAGGCUUUGAGUUAAUCAGCAGGAUGACAGUGCUAAACAAAUUAAAGUGGAGGCUCGUCACUUCAAUGUGAUAUCCAUUGUGUAGUUUCAAUCUGAGUAUGUUGAAGAACAGAGUCUGAGAAAAAAAAUAUGUAACUAUCCAAAUACAACAUGGACUGUGUUAUAUUGAUACAUUUAACUUUAACCUACUGUGGACCUGGUAUGCCCUAAUGUGAAGUAUUAUAACGGAAUGUUAGGUGUCUGUGUUGUUACAUAAUCUUUUAAAGCACCUACCUCCAUGUAAUGCCUGUCCUUUUUUAAGGAUACAGACCCUAAAAUGGGGCAUGUCCGCCUUAAUGUGUUGCCCACAUGAGAGGACAGUGGUCAACACUUGGCCCAUGACAAAUUCUGGUUGUUCUCUGUGGGCUGGACUUUGCUUAGUUUGUACUGUGGCCUUGUAAUGGCCUACACCAACAAAUUGAACAGGAAGAUCAAAACUAACAAUAUGUUACUGUCUGACUUCCCUACUUCGUCUAUGGCUGCUACCCAUACAUUGCACCCCUGUUCAGUAUCACUUAAAUGCCAAACUAUAUUAAACCAUAUCACCUUACAGAUUUAUUUUUUUAGUACUUCAUCUGUCCACCAUUGUUUCUGAUCAAACAGUCAAUCCUAAUGCUGUUCCAUAUCAUCCCAUCUCUGUGCUUCACUGUCAGGACUAUGCAUUACUGUGGUAGUCCUGAUCAGGUACCUGCCAAACAUGACCCCGUCUGAGCUGUUCUAGUUUGUGUUGGUCUCAUCUGACCAAAGAAUCAGCUCUCAAUAUUCAUCAGGCCGCUUUUCAUAUUCUUUAGCAAGGGAGGGUUUUAUUCUUGCAUACUGUUCACAAAGGUUGACGUUAUGUAAUGUCCCUCACACAGUCUGAGUUGUCACAGCGACACAAAUUUCCAUUGCUAACUGUACCAAGUCUAACGCAUUUGACACUCUGUUUUUGCUAUAAUGUUAUGAGGAUGGACACUGAGGCUGUAAUUAGUGCUGCUAUGGCUCAUUACGGCUGCAACUGUGUUUCAGCUGAUUUUUAGUUGGACACCAAUUUUCCUGUGUCCUUUUCAAUAUUUGUGAGUCUCACAAUCAGAUUUUUCCGGUUCUCUGGCAGUUCUUUUCCAUGUGUAUGCAGAUAUGAAAAUAGUCACAGCAAUUUUAAUAUAGUAAAUCUAAACUACUUUUCACAAAAAAACAAUUACUUACUGUUCAACUUAACAUAAUGCAAUUACUGUAAGGUGAUACUUUUUGGAAUCAUUUGACAUUUAAAUAAUAUUGUACAGGGGUGUACCCACUACUGGAGAUCUCUGUUUUACUAUAUUAUCAGUCUAGUUUAUGCCAUAUACCCACUUCCUACAACUAAUGACUCUCAUGUUGCACACCACAGUCAACCAGUUCCAUAGAGGCACGUGUUAAAGUGGCACUGUGCUAACAUAUAAAUUGUGCAAACAACAUAAAACAUGCAAAAUUGCUGAUGUGGUUUUUUUUUUUUCCCAAAUCAUUUGACAGUUUCACUUACAAAUGUAGUCAUUUCAAAGCAGAUGAAGUGGUACGUCAAAUGGAAGGGUUGGCAUUUUGACUUUAAUAGUCUAAAUGCCAAUUGCUGAUUCUAGUAGGAUAAGAACAAUUAUUCUAGGGGCAACCUCCAGCCUCCAUAUGUGAUUAGCUGUAUUUAGAUAUUGUGCUACACCACAGCUGCUUUUCCAGACCCCUGGAGGUCUGGUGUGACCUGCAUGUUGUCACUGAUUCUGUGCAUUUUAUUCAGGCUGUCAUGUGUGUGUUGGUGUCGUCAUCCACCUCAGUUCCCAGUAGCAUGUGAAUUGUCCUUACUCUGUCCCUGACACUGUUGAAUGUUUAGACUGUAAUCUGGUCCACACAAAGAUGAUCAUUCUUUUCUCUCUCCUGUCUGUGUUCCAUUGCUGUUUAACCCAGGUUUGUCUCCCUGUUGUGUUUUUCUUUUUUGUUUUUUCUAGAUCUCUUCCUGUUUGCCCUAGCAUGUUGAUGUGGCGUCACAGUUCAUCGUCCAGUUCUUGUCUUCUGCGCUUCUCUGAUGCUUCAAAUUUCACAUUUGACCUUGUGUUUGACAUUGAUUACCCAGGAGGUUGUGUUUGUUUUCUUGUUUCCCAUAUGUCCUGUGUGCUGCCAACACAGGCACUAGAAAGACUGCCACUGAAUGUGCUUGUAAGUUAAAUUAAAAUUAUUACAAGGUAAAAGGAAAUCUAUUUUUCUAGAACUAACUGAUGUAACCACUAGGUUUUUGCGAAAUCAGUUUGACAUGAGUCUGGCCUUUAACCUUGUUUUUAUCUACUGUAUUGUGGAUCAGUCCUUCCAGUGCCCAUAUCCGCUGCUUCUGUUGUGUUUUUGUGGGAAAGCAGCUAAUCUACCAUUAGAUAAUGUUGUGUGAGUGCUGGCGUGUGUCUUAUAAGUUAAAGGAAUUUCAAGCAAGUUAGUGAUCAUAUGUUGUUGGACAUUUGUCAUUUAUGCUAGGUUCACAGAAGGUUAAUCCUCGGGAGCUCAAAGCACAUGCUAUUGUUGUGCUCUUUUUUUCUGCAGAAAAUCAGACACAAAAAUCCAGAGGACAGCCUUUUCUGACAGUAUAUUUAGUAUGCAUGUUUUUUUUUUUAUAUCUGCACUGAAGUUCUUGGCAAAGUGAGAUUUAGUUUGUGUUAAGUUAAAAUUGAUUAAUAAACUUGUGCCAAAUGUUUUGUACAAUCAGUAUUUCCCCUUUUUAUUAGACUUGCUUUGCAGGUCAGACUAAUUGUAGAAGCAAGGGUUGAUUGGUGUGGCAGGUGGUAUCAUAAACAGCAGGUUUUACUGCAGAGCUGUGGUCAAGUCGACUGGUUGCAACAUUAAAUUAGUUUUGUGUGGAACUAUACAGACCUAGAGCGCUCACACACCAGUAUCAAACACAAGUGGCCCACUCAUAAUCAAUGGAGGGUAUUGUGUUUGUGUGUAUUCUUUGAAUAAAAUCCAGAGACCCACACUCAUUUUGGCUGUAGUCCUUCUGUUUCCUUGACGAGUGGACCAAUGUUGUACUGCGUGUAAUCAACCGUUUCUAUAACAAACUGUGUCGCGUGGCAAUAAUUCAGGGACAAAUUAAAAGUGUAGUCAUCCAGUCAGAGCGCAGCCGGUCAGCAGAGCAUCCAAAUGUGGAACAACUGUCUACAGGUACAUACAAUGCAAUGUAGUGUAUUUUAACAUAUAUCAACGAGCCACAACAAAAAAAAGUUGUUGACAGGUCAUCCUCUCAUAACAGUAACACCUUUCAGUGAGUGUGAUGUAUUGACAGGAAGCAAACAGUCAUUUCUUAAAGUUGGUCUGUUGGAAGCAGGAAAAAUGGGCAGCGUGAGCAUCUGAGAGAUUUUGACUAGGCACGAACUGUGAACGGCUAGACAGCUGGGUCAGAGAAUCCCCAAAAAGCAGCAAUUAAGCUGUUCCUGGUAUGCAGUGGUUAGUACCAACCAAACAUGGCCCAGUGAGCAAACAGUGAACUGGCCACCCCAUGGUCAUGGAUGUCCAAGGUUCCAGGUGGUGUGAUCGCUACUGAAGAGCAGACUACUGAAAUAUCUAAUGCUGGCUGUGACAGAAAGGUGUCCCAACAUACAGUGCAUCGCAUCACUUUUUAGCUGUAGAUCGGUCAGAGUGCCCGUGUGGGCUCCCGUCCAAACAUUUCUGAUGCAACUCUACCAUCGUCUUGAUUGGAGCAGCCUCUGUUCAUAACCUGUGUAAUAGUAGUUAUGAUAAUAUAUCUGAUACUGAUGACCAUAGAACCUAUCAAGUUGAGCCUUUUUUGGGGCAGUAAAGAGCAGUUAAGUGACAGUACAUCAGCAAAUCUGUACAGAAUCAUUUCUACAUGUUUUAUAUAGCUUGAAAUUGCAUCACUAGUAAAAUAUUCUGACUUGUAUUGUGUAUUCGCAUGAUUCAGAUAAAGCAUUCAGAUAAAACAUGUCAUUUGAAUAUUGUCUUAGUCCAGACUACUUUUUGCAAACCACACCUAUCCAGUGUGACUCACCAGUCCUGGAAGCUCCCUAAAAACUUAUGAACCAGCUCUUGUUGGUAUUAAGCAACUGAAUGACUCAUUUCUCACCUUAAAUGUUUUCACACAUUUUGGUGAGCUGUUCAUGUAAUAUAAGUGGAAAUUCCCAGAUGAGGCUCAGUGGCUGAGGUGGUGGAGCAGUUGUCCAUCUCCCCAACAAGCAUCCAAUGCUGGGAAGCCGUGCGGCUGUUCACAAUUAGAAUCCCCUUGAGGACACGUACCGUAAGUUUCAUCGUAUCUUUGAGUAGAGAAAUGUCAAAGAUAUGAGGUCACUUAGAAACACGAUCUCCAUUAUACAGCAUGUCCACCAGUGAACACUGACAGGUUUAUUUUUACUCUGGAACAUGUCACUGCAUGUUGUGGUUGCAGUUCUUUCACCACCAAAUUAAAGGGACUUAUCAUACAUAUGUGUUUGUUUUGAAUACAAUUGUCAUUGACAUAUAUUUUUUGUCAGGUUUUUUGAGCUGCUCGGAUUAGUUUUUGUUAGGCAAAUUAAGCAACGGUGGCAAUAAAGUUCAUGUCAGGACGUGGUUAAAUUUGAGAAUAAACACUCAUACAGAUAAUAUGUAGUAAUAUGAUGCAUAUUGCAGUAUUUUUGUGAUUGUUUUAUUCAGUAGGUGAUGAUCUGUGCUUUUAUUUAGUGUAUGUAGCAUCACAUUACCAGUUGUCCUAUAAACCACUCCAUCACUGUUUCACAAAUGGAGGACUGUUAUACUUUGCCAACUCUUGUGAGAGAACUGAAGAUAUCGACAUAUGUGUUGGCAAAUGAUCAUGACUGAUUGAAGCUGGCCUGGUUUGUAAUAAAUGAGUAGAAUGAAUGACAGGUAGAACGUAAACAUUAAAGAUUACAAGUGAUUAAAGCACUUCACUGUUCACAGAUCAAGUGAAGCUGAAGGCAACAGACCAAAUGAAUGAUGGGUUUUUGCAAUAAAGUCUGUGCUCACUGCUGUUAAGCUCCUUCUGCAUCAAAGAAGAGCAUUGAGAUGAUCUGUUCAUUUCACUGGGUUUUCCUCUAAUGUGAAAGUGUAGUAGUGUAAAACUGGGUGACUGUUUUUGAGGGAAAAAAAAUGUUCUAAUCUGCAACCAACAACCCGCCUCCUUCACACUAUGACUGAAACAGUUUAAGGAUGAAAACUCUGACCAAACUUUGUGCUCGGAUGGACAGGGCAUGAACUGAUGAAACUGUUAGAAGUAUUUAUGUGAAGUUGCCUUUUCUUCACAGAAUUAGGUGGGAUUUUUGUUCUUUUUGUUGUAUUUGAAAGCAGACACUUCUGAAUUGCUACAACUAAUCCCAUGUAAGUUUUUGUUCCUCUGGUUUGGAUCUGUGUCUCCAGUGUUUGGGUUGUUUUGAAGCUCUGGAGCUUUGCCUUCUGUGCCAAAUUAAGCUGCAGGGAAGUCCAUCUGUCAUAUAGCUGUCAUGUUAGCUGACUGUGUGAUCCUUAUUGCUUUGCUGAUUGUUUGGUUUCUAUAAAAAUAAAAUGUUUGAGAUACCUUCA